AUGUUUAUGAAAAGCAGCAGAUUUAAGGAGAAGGAGUCGGACAUCCCUGGCGUUGGUGCGUACAACGUCAAACCCCUCGAGAGCGGCGUAUCGGUGCACAUACCCAAGGCUAAGAGAUGGAACGACACGCCCGCUGUCGCUGUACGUCCCGGCGUCAAUCCGGAGCAGAUGCGCCUCAAGGCCAAGGUCACCGAGCAGAAGGCCCAGCUCGCUCGGCUGCGCGCUGAGAAACUGGCCGAGAAGGAGAAGCUUGAUGCCCACACAAAGACGCUCGAGAAGCUCAACGCUUUGCUCAAGACGCACGAGGACAAGGCUGCUCAGCUGACGAAAGACAAGGUCGCGUUGGCCUCGGAGAAGGCGUCGCUGGAGAAGGAGAAUCGGGACCUGACCAACAAGAUGGUUCAGCUCGAGAAGGAGCGGGCAGACGACGUCAGGCAGCUCGAGGCGCGUAACACGAGCAUCAGCGACCUCAAGCAGAUCAUCGACAAGACCACUCGCCUCCAGCAGCUCUCGCAGAAGAAGGCCGAGCAAGCCGAAGCGAACCUCGAGGAGGCCAAGAUCGAGCUCGAGUCGCUCAAGAAGCAGCUCCGGGCCGCCGUCGAGCAGGCCGAGGCCAGCCAGGCCGCCGUCGCUGCCGAGAAGCAGAGAAGCGAGGCCGAGCUGGCGACCAUGACCGCCGCCAAGCUUCGGCUCUUCCAGGAGAAGGAGGAGAAAGAGGAAGAGCUGCGCCAGCUUCAGCUCGAGAAGGAGCGCGUCGAGCAGGCCAAGAAGGCCAAGGAGGACGAGCUCGCCGAGGCCCAUGAGACAUACCGGGCGCUGAACGAGCAGAAGUCGGGCAAGGAGUUGCGGCUGAGGGAGAUGGCCGAGGAGAACGAGCGGCUCAUCGAGCAGAGGAAGGAGAAGGAGGCCGAGCUGGCCCGGACGAUUCUGGCCAAGAGCGCCCUCAAGAAGGAGCAGGCUGCCCUGGAGCAGGAGCUCGAGCAGCUGUCGUCGGCGAAGCAGACGCUCGAGGCCGAGAAGGAGCAGCUCAAGGCCGAGCUGGCCACUGCCCUCCGACAGAAUGCGCUUCUCGACGAGGAGAAGAACGAGAAGCUACGCGCCCUCGACGCGAUGACGCAAGAGAAGGAGCGCCUGGAGGAGGCCAAGGCUCAGAAGGAGGGCGAGCUCGCCGACGUGCUCUGUGCCCACGAGGCCCUCGGCAAGCAGAAGGAGGCCACCGAGAAGGAGCUCGAAGCGAUGACCGCGCAGAAGGAGAGCGUUGCCGAGGAGCUGCACCGGGCCGAGACAGAGCUCGCUCAGCUGCAGGAGGCGAAGGCUAAGCUCGAAGCAGCCAAGCGUGAGAUCGAAGCCGAACUCGAGGGCGCCACCGAACUCAACCGAUCGCUCAGCAGCGCCAAGGAGGCCACCGAGGGCGAGCUGGCCAAGGUCACCGACGAGCGGGCUCAGCUGACCAGCACCUUGAUCGAGCGGGCCAGGGAGAUUGAGGAACACAAGUCGCUGAUCGCCUACGAGCGCGAGACCAGCGCAGACCGCAUCGGCCAGCUGACGCGCGCAUACGAAGACGAGAACGCGAUGAGGACGAGGACUGAGUCGGAGCUGAGCGCGAUGGCUCAGCGGUGGACCGGCGAGGAGGAGCUGCGGAAGGCCAAGGAGACCGAGCUGGAGCAGCUGGCUGCCGCCAAGGUCGAGGUCGAGCGCAAGAAGGCGAACAAGACGGCCAAGCUGGUCAAACUGCGCGCCCUCUACGCCACCCUCGACGAGGCCAAGCAGGCGAAGGAGGCCGAGCUGAGCGCAAUGGCGGAGAGCAAGUCUAAGGUCGACGAGGAGAAGCGAGCGAAGGAAGCCGAACUGGAGCAGAUGACCGCCGCCAAGGAGCAGCUCGAGUGCGAGAAGGCCAAUAAGAAGGCCAAGCUGGUCGAACUGCGAGGACUCUACGCCGCUCUCGAGGACGCCAAGCGAUCGAAGGAGGCCGAACUCGAGGCGAUGACGGAGAGCAAGAUCAAGGUCGACGAAGAGAAGCGAGCGAAGGCGGCCGAACUGGAGCAGAUGACUGCCGCCAAGGAGCAGCUCGAGCGCGAAAAGGCCGACGAGGAGGCCAAGCUGGCCGAACUGCGCGAGCUUCAUGCUGCUCUCGCUGAGGCCAAGCAAGCGAAGGAGGCCGAGCUGAGCGCGAUGACCGAGAGCAAGUCUCAAGUCGACGAAGAGAAGCGAGCGAAGGAGGCCGAACUGGAGCAGAUGACCGCCGCCAAGGAGCAGCUCGAGCGCGAUAAGGCCGACGAGGAGGCCAAGCUGGCCGAACUGCGCGAGCUCUACGCCGCCCUCGACGAGGCCAAGCAAGCCAAGGAGGCCGAGCUCGCAGCGAUGGCCGAGAGCAAGGCCAAGGUCGAAGAGGAGAAGCGAGCGAAGGAGGCCGAGCUCGAACAGAUGACCGCUGCCAAGGAGCAGCUCGAGCGCGAGAAGGCCGACAAGAAGGCCAAGCUGGCCGAACUGCGCGAACGCUACGCCGCCCUCGACGAGGCCAAGCAAGCCAAGGAGGCCGAACUGGAGGCGAUGACGGAGAGCAAGCGCCUGGUCGAUGAGGAGAAGCGCGCGAAGGAGGCCGAGCUCGCCGAGACAAACACGCUGAAGCAACUCGUCGAGGCGGAGAAGGCAGAGAUUGAGGCCACGCUCGCGGCGAUCACCGAGGCCAAGCAGCUGGUCGAGUCCGAGCGAGACUGGACGCAGGCCAAGCUGGCCCAGGUCCAGCUGGAGCGGGACAGGCUCGAGGCUGAGAGGGACGAGCUCGAGAGGAAGCUGGAAGAGGCGCAGCUCGAGCGGGAGCGCAUCGAAGGCGAGAAGGACCACAAGGUGCAGGAGCUCCUCGAGACUGUGCAGGCCAAGCAGCAGGUCGAGGCCGACAAGCAACGGUUGGAGGCCGCUCUGGCCUCGCUGCAGCUCGAGAAGGCCAAGGUCGACAACGCUCUGGCCCAGACGGAGAAGGACCUCGCCGAGAUGACCGCCCUCAAGGGCGCGAUCGAGCUGCAGAGGGACGCCGCUGCCGCCGAACUCGAGGAGACCACUGCCCGGCUGACCGCCGCCAUCGCCCAGAAGGUCGAGGAACACAGCGCGACGACGGCCGAGCGCGAUGCCGAGCGGGAGCGACGCGGACAGCUUGAAGCCGAGCUGGACGAGAUGACCGGCCUGCACGCUGCCGAGGUCCAGCGAAGGACCGAGACUGAGACCAUGGUCGAACAGCUCACCCAAGCCCGUGCGGCUCUCGAGACGGGCCUUCAAAAGACGCGGGCCGACCUCAACGCGCUCACCCAGGCCAAGGCCGACCUUGAACACGAGAAGGCCCAAGUGGAGAGGGAGUGCGCCGACGCCCAGCUCCGCGGUCGGGAGCUCGCCGAGCAGCUCGACGCGACCGAGGCCCAGCUGGCCGACGUCCAGGCCAGGCGCAGGGCCACCGAGGAGGAGCGUGAGAGGAAGGAGACCGAGCUGGAGCACCUUCGACAAGCGGCGGCCGACGACCGGACUCGCAGUCAGCACGAGCUGCAGGCGACGCGAUCUGCCUACGACGCCGCGCUCGAGCGCAAGGAGAGCGAGCUGCGGGUCAUCGAGAAUGCCAAGCACGCUCUCGAGCAGGAGAUGAAGACCAAGGAAGACGAGCUGUGCCAGGUCAUCGGCCUGAAGGCCCGCCUCGAGGUCGAGAGCGAGGAGAAGCAGCGGCAGGUCACCCGGCUCGAGUCGAUCAACGUCCGCCUCGAGGAGGAACGCAGGCAGAUGGAGGCGCAGCUUGAGGAGGUCCUCCGGCUCAAGGAGAAGGCCAGCCAGGAGGCCAAGGCCCGUGAGGAGCUCCUCACCGACGCCGUCAAGACCGUGCGCAGCGAGGUCGACGGCAUGAAGGCCCAGAAGCAGACGCUGGAGGCCAUCAUCGCGCAGGAGCAGCUGCUGCGCGUCGAGGCCCAGGAGCGACGCGAGAAGGAGCUCAAGGUGCUGACGCUCAUGAAGACUGAGUGGGGCAAGCUCGAGUCGGCCAACCGACGCCUGGCCGACGAGCUCAAGGCUGCCCUCGAGCAGAUCGAGCUCUACAAGAGCGAGCUGGGCAUGCUCGAGGAGACGGCCAAGGCCAAGGAGGUCACCCUGUGCUCGGAGGCCGAGAUGACGCUCAGUACCUACACCGCCAAGAACGUGUUUCUCGAGCGCGAGCUGCGGCAGGCCAAGCAGGAGCUGGCCGAGGAGCGAAGCGAACGACGACGGGCCGAGCGCGAGAAGGCCGAGAGGCGGCAGAAGAGGGACGAGGAGAUCAAGUCUGGUGCCUACAACCCCAAGUUCGAGAUCAAGCAGCUCAAGGCCGUCAACGCCGAGCUCGAGAAGGAGCUCAAGAAGAUCCGCGAGGAGAACGCUCGUCUCGUGGGCAACACCAAUCCCAAGCAGAAGAUCAAGCGCCACGAGAUCGUGCUGGCCGAGGUGCACGACCUGCGGACCAAGAACGCCACGUUGGUCACCGAGGUCACCGAGCUCAAGAAGACCGUCGGCGCCCUCAAGCGCGAGAACCUCAGGCUCGCCGGUGGUGGUGCCAAGCCCUCGGCCUCUGCCUCUGCCGCCGCCAUCGAGCGAUCCAUCUCUGGCUCGGCCGUCAAGCCCCGUACAACUCGUACCGCCGCCUCCAGCCACCUCAAGGACGCCCAGCGCGUGCGCGUCGACAAGGAGAACCGCCUCGACCUGAACGGCAGCGUGGCCUCGGUCUCAACAACGCUCAAGACGCCGGCGACGGUGACCAAGCGCAGGGUGGCCCCGAGCACCCGGCCGGCCGCGGCGGCGCCGACGGCGCUCAACCUCACGGCCCAGCUGGCCAACGGCGGCGCCGCCUGCGGUGAGCGAGACAUCAGCUUGAUGCUGGACAUUGAUGACGAUAUCGAUGCCGACGACGAGCCGAUGCUGGCGGCGGCCAAGCCCUUUGACAUGACCGGCGAUCUGGCCAAUCUGAGCGUGAUCGCGCCCAAGGCCGAGCUCUCGCCCCUGACCGACGAAGAGGAUGACGAUGACGAUGACGAUGACGAGCGAUGA